UGGUGAGGUCUCACAGCACAGAGUAGAGGGUCACCUGAUGGCCAGGGUACGGUUGGCUUUCUGUGCUGAGGGCAUACUACUGCCUCAUGCAAUGAUGAUUCUCUGCCUCUCUGCUUCUUUCAUUCCCUGACUGCAUGCCAAGGCACACAGCUGCACAAAGAAGCAGUCUGUCACUUGUUGUCCCGCUUUCUUUUCAUCCAUUGCGUAACUCGACAGUGGGGUUCCGCCCGUCAGUAAUAUCAAAGUCCAGGUGUUAUCUCACCAAGGGUGGGGACAACCAGUGCUUGAUCAGGAAGUGUAAGUAAAACUGAGAAGUAGCCCACAAAAUCCUGCAGCAGCACACCCUAAGAGCGGCUCAGACCUGAGCUGCUGCAAAGCCUGUGGGCCCUUGGUGACCAGGGAUGUCUUCACCUUCAUCUUCUUCCUCUGAGGACUGAAAGAGAGACUCCUGUAGGUGAAGUCUGAGUCUAGGUUGUAAUUUCACGCUGUUGAGCAGCAGGUCUACCAAAGGCUGUCCAGUCGGCUUGUAACCAGAACCCUGAAGUCUGUCCUCACUUUGCCAAGGAUCCCAAAGUCAGAUAAGCAGUGGCCCAUGACAAUCCCAAAGCCCUGACAGCCAUUGGAGUGUGCACAGCUGUGUGUGAGAGUGGCCGGGACAAAAGCACUUGGGGAACUGGAAUGAUUCCAAUGGGGAAGUAAUUCAUUCCAUUUCAAUGAUUAAACAUCUGCUGUGACUGACAAAAAUCCACCAAUUCCUACAUGCAUUGUUCCCUUGGUUAGGAAUUGUUGAACUUGAGAUGGCUGUUGUAAAUAUUUCUGCUAGGUUUUAAAUGCUUUAAAAUACUGUGAAAUUUAAAAGAAUGUGAAAUUAAUUUGCUUUUAUAAUUAAACAACUAGUAGUAUUAGGUGGAAUACCACAUGCUGCAUUUUGCUAACUGAACAAACUAUGCUAAAUCUAAAGAAGUCAAACGUGACAUAGAUAUCAUUCAGCUACGUGUUCUCACUUUCCACUAAAUGGCUCAGGAAUGACUGCCAGUGAAAAGUUUAACAGCCGAUUCAUCUUGCUAAAAUGCUUAUGUAAUUUGUCCUCCUAAAUUUUACAGUAAUAAUAAAGCUCUAAUUAUUACCACAGCACUGUAACAAGUCCUCAUGCUGAAGGAAUCCCCAGAAGAAUCUUUGUGUCCCCAUAGAGUCAGGUGAGAGGGGUCUUGGCUGUCCUGAAAACCUCUUGCUGUUAAGAAUCUCAUCCCCAAAGUCUCUCAAGCACCUCUCUGCAGCAGAGCUGUGGUGCACGAUGGCAUCAGGAGGCAGUAUAGAGAACGCAGUGACCCGUCUACUGUGGAACACCCUGAAGGUCCUGGAGGAGCAUGACUUCCAGAAAUUCAAAAGGGAACUCAGCAAGAUCCAGCCCAAGGAGGGGUACGAGCGCAUUGAGCUGGAGAGCGUGGCAGGGCUGUCACCAGCUGCACUUGCCACCCUGUUGUACAGCCACUAUGGGCGGUCCCACUGCGUAGAGGUGACAGUGGAGGUGCUGAGAGCCAUAGGACAGGUGCAGCAGGCCGAACAUCUCCUGGACAUGCUGCAAACAGGGGAAAGGUUUGUUGAGAAGAACAAAGAGUUUCUAACCCAGCAAGCCUAUAAUGUGGAAAGGAUUAUCGAGGAACUCCUCCAGGAAGGUGUACUGAGCUCCACGCAGCGUGAUAGCAUCAUGGCAGAGAGUACCAACCAGAAGAGAAUGCAGAAGCUCUAUGAACUUGUGCCAGUGUGGGAUGCCACAGCCAAAUAUUGUCUGUACAACGUGCUGAGGAGAAAUACUCUCUCCCUCUUCUUGCAAUAUGCAGGAGAUGAAUUGACCCUCUACUCCUCGGCAUUUGAAAGCUGGAUAGUAAAUCUGGAUGCCUGGAUGUCUAAUACACAAGGUUCAGAAGACAAGCCUUUUGAUGUGGAGAGCAGCAGUGGCACAGGCUCAAGUCCCAAAUGCAUGGCAUGCUCAAGUCAAGAGGAGGACGGGGCAGAAGAAGUGAAACCAGAGAUUACUGGGGGCAAAGAUGGCAAGAAGGAGAUAUACAGAGCUCAUUUUCCUCGAUCUGGCUUCUUCCGAUGCACUGAGACAGAUCUCAAGUUCUUAGUGAGGAUGGCCACCACGAUUGAGUAUGAGUACUCCUUCUGGGAAAGUCACCUGCCUGCAGGGAUCCCCUCUGAAUGGAUGGAGGCCGGACCCGUGUUUGACAUCCGUGCUGAACCACGCGCUGUUGAGGCCAUUCACCUGCCACACUUUCUGUGUCUCUCAGGUACUGCAGAGAGGAAGUUAAGUGUGUCUGAGAUGUGUAUCGGCCACGUUGUGGAUGGGAACUUGUAUCUGGAGAAGCCUGAUGCAGUGAGGCCAUUCCAUGCAGUGCUGAGAAACCCCAGCUUCUCACCUAUGGGUGUCAUCUUGCUUUCAGCCUCAUUCCCCUUCAUCCCUGUGCACUGCCUUGUGCUGCUCUACCGUGUCAUCAGGGCUGCAGACAUCACCCUUCACCUCUACCUCAUCCCUAACAAUCAUGGCCUGGAAAAAGCAGUGGAGAAGGAUGAGAAGAGACGGGGCCAUUCCUUCCUGGUGGACAAACCUCCUCACACCUCCCGGCCACUGAAGUUUAACACACGGUACCGCGUGUCCAGUCCCUCUGAGGCAGAGAUAAACCCCCAAGAGCUGAAAUUCAUCUACCUGACUUCAGACAGCCGCCAGCUCUACACCGAGAUCUACAGCAAGGACCUGCAGGAGGGAAUGCAGCUCACCUUAACAAAGGCGUCACAGGAGGGCAAAAUGGAGCACAGCCCACUCUGGGCCACCUUCCUGAGAGCAGGAGACAUCAAGCCACCAGUUGCCUUUUCCACAUCAUUGUGCUCAGAUCCAUCACUGACGGAGCACCAGCCAUCCUCUUCUCUCCAGGCCCAACACAAAGGGCUGCAUUUUGUGGAGCAACACCGAGAGCAGCUGAUCCAACGUGUAACAUCAGUCAGCCCUGUCCUGGACCAACUCUAUGGGCACGUCCUGACCAACGAGCAGUAUCAGAGCAUCCGAGGAAUGCCCACCCCGCAGGAGCAGAUGCGGCUCCUUUACAGCUUCAUGCCAAGCUGGGAUGUUGCCUGCAAGGAUCUGUUCCUUGAUGCACUGAAGAAAACCAAUAAUCACCUUCUCCAGGAUCUCCAGGGGCAGUGAAAUCCAUCUCGGGGAGGCUCUGAGAGAGCACGGCCCAUGGAGGAUGUGGGGAAGAUGAGUUCCUGGAUGAGCUCUAAACCACUCAGGGAGUCCUCAGUAUUUUAGUUUCUUACUGAGUACUUGGUUUCACCUUUACUGGGUGUGACCAUUAUGGGGCUGGAAGAUUCUAGAUUUGGGAUGGGAUAGGAUAGGUGUUGUUUCAUUAUAGCCUCAUUUCCACAUGUGGAAAUGGGUACACUGUUUUCUAUGUAAUUUGCUCUUACUGAGCAUAAAGAUCAUUUCCAGGGCGAUUUCCCUUUCUUGUCAA